GUGGUGGGACACCGUCUGUUGUGGAGGUGAAUGGGGCCGUGUUUAUUGACAUCUCAAACGUCGUCAUUUCGAAAGGAACUUAUCAACAGAGUGGCAGCAGGCAUAUGAGUGAUGAAUUCAGUAUAACUGUGUACAUAUUCGUACAUUUAUUUUACAGAAACUAGUGUUUGAAGCCAAAAGUUGCUCUUUGCGGUUGUGUUCUGUAAAUUCGUGUGAUACCACACCGAUGAUUGCUGAAGAGAGACUAACUUAUAUUAUUACUCCUUUUCAGAUGUUUCUUGCUCAAAGACGGUUUGUGUUCGAAAACUAAGUUAUCUUUCGGUAGUAGUGCCGGAUUUUGAAUUGUGUGUGAACGUAACUGGAUGCUAAUGAAACAGCCCAUUUCAACUACGGUAGUUCUUUUUGUUUAAAACUUCACUAGUUAAAUCAAAAUGUACGGUGAUUAAGUUACAUUCGAUCUUCGUUAAUUAACAUAUAGAUAUAAUACACGCAGUUAGGCAUGGUUUUGUUUACUAGUGUUUAGAACUGCGGAUAUUUCUGCAUUAGUGAUUGCUGUUGAUGAAUGUUAAUUGCGCGUAAAAGUAUUCUCGGCGGUUUAUAGUGUAAUGGAGGUAGCGGUACUGCUGUGGUAUUGACAUAUGCAACAUGAGAAUAAAAUAAUGAGUUUGUUCGAACGCCGUUACGUUUUGAAGGUGUACAGUGGUUGGUAGCGACAGAUCAUGAUUCGUGAAGUGCCACUAAACUUGGUUACUGACGAGUGAAUGGUUUCUGUUCAUUAAUAUAGCAAAAAUUAAAGAAAGACUUUACUAUCAUGUGAUUUUAGUAUUACACGAGCAUUUUGGUAAAGGGAAUCAGUUUUAUAACAGUGUUGCAAGAUGAGAAGGACAGCAAGUAUAAGUGCAAAGUGCGGGUGCCCAGGAAACCAACCUGUGUAUCUUCUGAUUUUGUUACUGCUUCAAGCAAAUUGGACCCUCUCCAAGAUCUUGGACGAAGAAACAGUCCUGGUGUCGGAUACUCAAGCAGUUGCGGGAGGGAUUGCCAAGAUGCCAUGUGAUAUAACGCCUCCCAUCCCAGGCGACAAGGUGUACCUCGUUAUCUGGUACAAGGAGGGAGCUGCUUUACCGAUAUACAGCUUCGAUUCUCGAGGGAAAUCUUUCGACCAGGCGAAGCACUGGGCAGACGAACAAGUCCUCGGUGGAAGAGCAUUCUUCCGGUACACGGAUGAUCCUGCCAAGUUGACGGUAGAAAGCGUCCGAGAAACCGACGGUGGAAUGUACCGAUGUCGGGUGGACUUCAAAAAAUCACCAACAAGGAACACCAAAGUCAAUCUCACAGUUCUGA